AAGAAAGAAAAAAAUGAGAAAUCACAGGUUUUUAAUAAUUUUAACUGCAAUUUUAAAUUGUGUAAAUUUAAUACAAAGUGAUGAACUACUUGAGCUGAACUGUUUUAAUGAAACGCAAUGUAAACAAUUUCAACAUUCUGGCAUUAAAUCCUCGUGCAUUGAAGAACAAUGUCAAUGCACCACCAGCAAUGGAGAUAGUGUUAAAUGCCAACCGCUGAACCAUAAAGUGAACAAUAUUAUUGGUGGACCAUGUCCCUGCCAACAACCAAAUGCUGAGUGUGAUGAGCAACAGGAUGUCUGCUAUUGUGCCAGCGAUUACAUGCCCAGCAGUGAUAAGAGGCGAUGCAUACUGAAAAUGGUUGCAUUGGGUGAGAAAUGUGAGCUGGAUUCACAGUGUCAAAAAACAGAUUUUAAUGCCAUUUGCCAUGUAUCGAACCAGUGCAGCUGCAUGGAUCACUUUGUUCAUAAUGAAGGCAAAUGUACUUCUACAGUUGGCAAUAAAUCAUUUUGCUCUAGCGAUGACCAGUGCCAUGAACAAUAUGGAGCCAAUUCAAGAUGCAGCAAUAUCACCCAACACUGUGUCUGUACAGCCGAACAUUUCGCUUCAGUCGAUAAUUCACGCUGUUUGAGAACAUCAAAAUAUCUGGAAGAUUGUAUCGAGAAUAUGCAGUGUAUGGGCACUAUGGGACUAGGUGGUAAGUGUAAGGAAAAUGUCUGUCAAUGUGCGGAGAAAUACUUUGUGGAAGAAAAGAAAACCGACGAGGGCGUUAUGGAAACAGUGUGCACUGCAAUUGUUGAACGUGGCCAUUAUUGUCGCAUUGAUGAGGAUUGCUAUCAACGUCAAUUGAACGAAACGGAACAAUCAAUGGAUUGUAUUUAUGGUGAAUGCAAUUGUAAGAAGGGUUUUUAUUCAUACAACGAUAGUGAUUGUGUUAAAGGUUCUGGCAGUGCUGGCAUUAAAUCUUUAAUGGGAUUAAACUUUAUGAUGGUGGUUUUUGUUCGUGUAAAUAAUUAUUUUUAA